GCCGGUCCCUCUCAAGCGCUUGCUCUCAGCGAAAAAAAAGGCAAAGCGAAGAAAAGUGAGAAGCUCUCGUAAUAGAUAGAGAGGAGGGGGGUGGUGGUGAUUUGAAUCCUGUUUGUGGCAUCGCUUCCUCCCCACGGAAACUGAGAACGGGGGGGAGGGGGGGUGGGGGGGAGGGGGGAGGCGGGGGAAAGUGAGGGGAGAGUAGGAGUAAUAAUGGGAGGGGUGACGUCGUCGAUGGCGGCGAAGCUGGCGUUCUUUCCGCCGAGCCCGCCGACGUACGAGGUGGUUCGGGACGAGGAGACGGGGCUGGAGACGCUGAGCCGGUUCCCGCACCGGGAGAACGUGGAGGUGCUGCGGCUGCCGACGCGGCGGGGGACGGAGAUCGUCGCCGUGUACGUGCGCAACCCCAUGGCUGCCUCCACUCUGCUGUACUCCCACGGAAACGCUGCCGAUCUCGGCCAGAUGUACGAGCUGUUCAUCGAGCUCAGCAUCCACUUCCGCGUCAACCUCUUGGGGUAUGAUUAUUCUGGAUAUGGACGAUCAUCGGGAAAGCCAAGCGAACAGAACACUUAUGCUGAUAUAGAAGCUGCUUAUAAGUGCCUUAAAGAGAACUAUGGUGCAAAGGAGGAAGAGAUUAUCCUUUAUGGCCAAUCUGUUGGAAGUGGGCCUACUGUUGAUUUGGCAACUCGUUUACCACACUUACGAGCUGUUGUUUUGCAUAGCCCUAUACUUUCAGGUUUAAGAGUGAUGUAUCCUGUAAAACGUACAUACUGGUUCGACAUCUAUAAGAAUAUUGACAAAAUCCCAUUGGUCAAUUGCCCUGUGCUAAUAAUUCAUGGAACAUCAGAUGAUGUUGUGGACUGCUCUCAUGGUAAGCAGCUUUGGGAACUGUGUAAGGAGAAAUAUGAGCCGCUGUGGCUUGAAGGGGGUAAGCACUGUGAUUUAGAACUUUUUCCUGAGUACAUCAGACACCUCAAGAAGUUUAUAGCUACAGUUGAAAAAUCACCAUCCCAAAGAAACACUUGGAGAAAAAGCACAGAUCGGUUUGAACCUUCGAGGAGGAGCACUGACUGUUUUGAACCAUCACGGAAGAGUACUGAUAGGAGAGAUAAACUGAGGCCUAGUGCAGAAAAGCUGAGAAAUCAUGAUUACAAAUAUAGCAAUAUGGACAAGCUGGACAAACUAAAAAUCUCGUUUGACCAUAUGGAGAAGUCCAGGAGGAGUGUAGAUAUCCUCGACAAGUCCAGAAAAAACACUGAUCAACUGGACAGAGGACGGAAGAGUGUUGACAGAUUGGACAGGAUAUGGGCUGGGUAAAACCUUUCAAUCUCUUUGUAAAAUUUAUACAGGGCUUUGUUUGUGCUGGGAAAUUUAUUUGUGAAUUUAUUUAUGUUCUUCAAUCAUGUAGUUUGUUUGUGAGGGCUACGAAACAACAAUUGGAAAUGGAAAGAGAGGGGAAGGAGGGGAAAAAAAAGAUUAGUUGGUGAGAAAUUGUAGUUCCUGGGUUAUAGUUUAAUGGAAUCUUUCCUAAAAACCAUCAUUGACUCUGGUUAGGUUUAUGUUCUUACGCAUUUAUUCAUUCCAGUUUUAUUGUUUGCUUUUGGAACAGUUUGUAGAGAAUGAAGAAAGUCAAUGGCAAUAUGAUUUUCUUACUUGUAUCA